UACGUUCAUGGUGUGUGCAUUCACCGACUCGAAUAAAGGUAAAUAGCUUUUGUUACUGUUUAUUAUACGAGGCCAUAGUCGUCAAUAGAUUCAUUCAACUGACCGUGCAAAUGUUAACGGAGAUCAAGAUAUUCCCCUUGAACACGUGGUAAUUUCUUUCGGAUAUGGAACAGGAGAGCAAAGAAGGGCGGGAAAACGGAGGAGAAAAUGACACAAAGGACACCAAAGAGGAAGAAAUUACUCAGACUGCAGACACAGAAGUAGCAGAGAAGCUUGGAGUAGAACGCGAUACAGGGAAUGGCGUAGCUCCGAUUGUGGAUGAUGAUAUUGAGACAGACUCUUGCCAAGGUCCUGAAGCUAAACCUGGAAAAGAAAACACUUCGGAGGAGCCGUCCAAAAAGGUGCAAUCAGAAAGUGACAGUGCUCAACCGACGGUGGAAUCCCAGCUCCCAGAAAAUGCAAGUGAUGUGGAAACGAAAGCAGGUGAAGAGGUCAAGGAGCCAUAUGAUGAAGCUCAAAAUGCCACUGAAGAUAAAAACAUUGCACAAGGGAAGGCAGACCAGACAAAAGCCUCAAAUUCAGAAGAGCAGUCGGAUCGUGAUUCCAGUCAAGCGGAUUCAGGAACCGAUCAAGUGGAAACAUCUAGAACGGUGCAAGAUCGGGAUGGCGGCCCUCCACGAACAGCUGCUGAUUCCCCGUCAGAACUCGCGGGAAAUAAAGGAAUUAAAGAACCAAAUGAUAAGACUAUAGACGCCCCAACAGCUCAAAAUAUCACACGAGACAAGAAGGAUGGCUCAACAUCUAAUGGGACUCAAGAAGCCUCGCCCGGUUCAGGUGGAAUACCCGACAGCAACCUUGAAAAGCUGACCAAGUCUCUUAUGGUUGAUAAAUAUAGUGCUCGUUCGCUAGGUCAGACUCUCGGAUUCAUCCCCACAGAAGUCUAUCGGUAUUGUGGAUAUGGUAAACCUAAAGAUAGUAUUCGAAUCUUGCGCAUGUUACGGGCCUGGAAAUACAGGACCCCUGAUGCAAAGCAGAUAUCUGGUUUGCUGGAGGCGCUAAAGAAAGCAAACCUGAAACACCUGGCAGGCGACUUGCGUUCACAAGAAGGAGCUGAGGAGCAACGGGAAGCGGUCCAAACUAGCGAUGGUGAUAGUGUUACAUCGCCAUCCAAGUCAGUUCAACCCACCACCAUCAGAUCCGACCCAUUGACAGAAAACCCAAAAUCUUCUCCUUCAGUGGAGUCAGUAGCAGGACCUGGCACUGACACCAAAGGGGCUCCUGGUAAUUAUUCUGGACAGACAGAUAGAGAGGAAAAGGGAGAUCUGCAGAAAACUGAUUCCUCUUCCAAACCAAAAGGAACUAACUCAAAAAAAGUGGAGUCAGUAGCAGGACCUGGCACUGACACCAAAGGGGCUCCUGGUAAUUAUUCUGGACAGACAGAUAAAGAGGAAAAGGGAGAUCUGCAGAAAACUGAUUCCUCUUCAAAACCAAAAGGAACUAGCUCAAAAAAAGAGUCAGUAGCAGGACCUGGCACUGACACCAAAGGGGCUCCUGGUAAUUAUUCUGGACAGACAGAUAGAGAGGAAAAGGGAGAUCUGCAGAAAACUGAUUCCUCUUCCAAACCAAAAGGAACUAACUCAAAAAAGGCGGAGUCAGUAGCAGGACCUGGCACUGACACCAAAGGGGCUCCUGGUAAUUAUUCUGGACAGACAGAUAAAGAGGAAAAGGGAGAUCCACAGACAACUGGUUCCUCUUCAAAACCCAAAGAAACGAAACCCCCAAAAGUACCCUGCAAUCCCCCACCGAACCCAACAACUCCAAAUUCAGGGUCCAAAGAUCCGAAAGACGAAGAGGGAGCUAGGGAAAGGAAGACUAAAGAAUUGUCAGAAGAAGAAAAGAGAGCUACAGAAAAUAAAGCUAAUGAACUGAAACUUAGCAAGGAGGGCGCUGCAGCUGCCGGAAAUGGUACCAAAGAAGAUGGGACCCCGAAGCAGAAAGCUAAGGAAGAGGGAGUUGAAGCAGGGGGUACUGCACUCCCUGCUGUGGAUGCAGAGGAAUCCCUUGAGCAUGUCAGCAAAGACCGUCCUGUAUCCAUCUCAGUGUGUACAUCGGCGUAUGACUACAACGUACAAGGCCUUGUAUCCUUCCUGAAAGAUAUUACGAAGGAUCAUCCGAAACUGAUCGAAGAAGUCAAGGUCCAUGCGCUCCCGUACAACGAUCUUGAUCAUUAUACAUUUCCAAAAGAUCACCCGGUUGAUGUGAUGCUUCUGUGCCACUCUAUCAACAACAGAAGGUUUGCCAUUACAGACGUCAUGGAUGCCCUGUACGAUGAGUAUCUUCCAUACUGUGCGAGAGUCGUAGGAAAGAACAAGAUGGGGGUGAUAGUCCAUGACUUUGAAGAUAUGAGAGAAACAGUUCAAUCAUCUCGCAUGAGUUCAUUCAAGUACAAGCAACCAAAGGCCUUCGAGACUACCAGCCUUCAGAUAAUAUGCGGACAUAUCGGGAAGGAAGAGAAGGACCUAACUCAGAUGCUAAAAGCAGACCGAGAAAAGCUCCCGGAGUUCCUGAAGAAUGCGUCAAAAUUUCCCGAACAAAUGAUGGAGCAAAAGACAGAGAAACAAGGCUAUACAAAAAUGGUGAAAGAUGGGAUUGUUACGGCGGGAAAAAAAAUGUCUUCCUGUAAGUAA